UUUGCGAGACCUAUUGGUGAUAUGUUUAAUCGAUUAUCUUCGAUAUAAUUUUGAUUCACCAUUUCCAUUAUCAAGGUUUUUCUGAACUACUUUAACCCUCUGUCAAAAUUAUUCGGAGCAAUGCGACUGAGCCAUGUGGUCUACAUUAUUUCUCUGGUCAUUUGUAUCACAGGUGUUAAUGUGACUGAACGAGAACUUGAUUGGCAGUCGAUGGUGUUUAUUAUACCAGAUCCAAAUGGUAAUCAAAGCGGCAGAAAAUGUGCCCAGCUCAGCUCCAACUUUUGUUAUCAUGGUCUGUUGGUUGAAUCGAAUCAGAGAGACUAUAGAUGGGACAGCAGGGCACACGAAGUGUUCCGAAUACUCGCUUGGAGGAGCUUUAAGUCAUUUAAUUGGUUUUCACUACAAGAUAGCGAGCUUGGAAGUUGCUGUGAGUCUCAGAGUAGUCUCUACUUGAAACAAGGGAGAGACAGAGGCAUGUCUCCUAUGGAAUACUUUGCCAAAAGUACCGACUUCUCGUUAUCAAGGGAGAAACGUCUCAACUAUGUCAGCGUGCGCUUUGACCAAUGGUGCGGCAAUAUCAUAUCAGCCAUUGGUUUUGGUCCAGGUCCCUUUCGAUACCAUGCAGAGGAUUCCCGAGUGACUGAAGGAAGGCACCACAUAUUCCCAAUACCCAGGCAAGCAGCACAGUUUACCAAUUACACUGAACCUAGUUAUGCUCGUGUUAAACAGUCUGAUGAAAACUGA